CAGCGCGCGGGGCGGGCGCUCCUCACACAAAGGCGCAGCGCUGGGAAAAUGGCGGCGGCAGCGACAGUAGCGGCGGCUGCGGAGGGCGCUGGCGGCAAAAUGGAGGAACCGGCGGCAGCCACGGUGGCGGCAGCGGCGGCGGCAGCGGCAGCAGCAGCAGCGGCGCAGCCGCCGCCGCCCAACGGGGCAGGCAGCGCUGGGGACGCGCCCGUCAAAAGUGAAGGUGAACGACCAAGCCAAAAUGAAAAAAGAAAAGAGAAAAGUGUCAAAAGAGGAGGGAAUCGCUUUGAGCCAUAUGCCAACCCUGCUAAAAGAUACCGAGCUUUUAUUACAAAUAUUCCAUUUGAUGUGAAGUGGCAGUCUCUGAAAGACCUGGUCAAAGAGAAAGUUGGUGAGGUAACAUACGUGGAGCUCUUAAUGGACGCUGAAGGAAAGUCAAGGGUAAGUGUUUGAGAGAAUUUCUUCUGUGGAUUUUCUACAUGACAAAUGUAACUGUAUGGUGGCGUGGAACGAAAAGAAGUCAGGAAGGUAGACUCUGUAUGCUUAGUGGCUAUAACAUAGGUAGUGCUUAAA